AUGGCUGAUGACAUUCAAAAGAUCGUGGACAAAAAAAAUUAUAAUUAUUUCCGCAGCGUCUUUGUGAGCUCCGUUAUUGGAGAAUCGGCCAAGCGUCCAGAGAACGCCGCGAAUUCUCUUGUGUUGGCGAGAACCUUUUGCGAUAUUGUUCUUGGGGAGACAGAUAAAGAGACAGGUGGAAAAUUAAUAGAAGCAUUGAAUGCAGGUUUACGCCAACAAGUAGGAUCAAGAGAUAAAUCCAUAUGCUGGAAAGAGUUACAUUCCCAUUGCACUAAGCUUCGAAAAAAAUUUUACAGAUUGUUCGGUGAAAAACACUUCGACUUCACCGGACUGUCGACGGACACCGGAAACCUUAAUAAGACAGAGUUGGCGAAGGAAACGGCGAAUUGGAUUAGACAGAAUGUGGUCAAUGUGCGGGGUCAUUUGAAUGAUAUUGAUACCAGUGAUCGUGUCAAACAUCUUGGAGAGUAUUUCACGAAAAACCUUUUCCCCUACGGUUUUACACCUCAUUAUAGGAGUCGCUUGCAAAUGGGGGAUAAAGAACGGCAGACAUUAAGAACGUAUUGGCGCGAUGUAAUUAAUGAGUUUAGGAAAGCGGGUGGGGGAUUGGAAAGGCUUAGCGAAAUUUUGAGUGGAACGUAUAAUGUUUCAUGUAAAAAGCCUGAGGUCCCGCCCGCAAAGGUUCCUGAAGCCCCCAAGGAAGUUGUGCCGGAGAAGAAAGUUCCUGUUACUCCACCUAAAAAGCCUGAGGUGCCGCCUGCAAAGAAGCCUGAAGGGAAUCAAGAUCAAGGCAAGAAAGCGGAGGGAGCGCAGAACCAGGGGAAGAAGGCGGAGGGAGCGCAGAACCAAGGCAAGAAAUCUGAGGGGGCACAGAACCAGGGCAAGAAAGGUGAGGGAGCACAGAACCAGGGGAAGAAAGUGGAGGGAAGUCCUCCAACUCCUCAAGUUGUGAAGUCUGCUCUACCUCCGCCUCCCGGUGCUGAAGGAGCUCCAGGCCCAGGAGGGCCUAAAGGUGGUAAAGGAACUCCGGCGUCCCCUAGGCCUACAACUUCACCAGGUGGAAAGCCUGCUACACCUUCGACUCCCGGUGAUGCUGGCCCAGCAGGACCUACUGGUCCAGUGGAUUCGGUGUCUCCUAAGUCUACAGUUCGAAUAGAUUCACAAACUGUUCAACCCCCACCUCAGGACCCGCCAGUUACUCCAGCUCAACAUCCUGCUGCUUCUCCAACUGCUGUGCGAACGCAGUCUCCGGAUGUUGCAGGCUCAGUCUCUGGGCUAGCUGGUGUCCAGGGGACUGGCCAACAUGGUGGUCAUGUUGUUAGUCAAGUCUCCGAUCCAACUUCAAGCAGCGUCGUCACUGUGCCGGUUGUCACGGCGGCUGUUGGAGGUGGGAGUGGGAGUGAAGCUGGAGGGGGUGGUGGGAAGGGGCCUCCGCCGGCUAUGCCUACAAGUAAGCCCUAUGAGCCACAACUCAACCAGACGUAUUAUGAUAAUCUAGAGCAAAGAAAAACGCAUGAUCAGAAUAGGAUUUUAAAGGCGAUAGAAAGAGGCCAAAAAAUCCUAGAUGAAAAAGCGGAAGAGGAACGGAGACAUCAAGAAGAUUUAAAACGGAGACGUCACAAUGCAAAUAUUGCUUUUGCCAACUCUUUCGACGGAUUUAAAAUUGGCAGUUCGCUGGAGGGCAACGCUUUGCCGGACGUCUCCGCCCUUGUAGCGCAGAAACAAAAGGAGGCGGAGGAGAGAUCUAUAAGGCGUAAUAUUCAAUUUCUGUAA